CCAAAGACCGGCGCCAGCGAAAUUCUGUCUGCUGUCCACUGUGGUUUGGAGUCCACGGACACGCGAGCUUUAACACAUUUUAGGGGCGUCGUCGAUGGCUGAUUUGUGCCUCGGUUUGCAUUUUCACCAGCCGGAAAAUGGGAAUAACUGGCCUGCUGCCUCUCCUGGAAAAGGCGAAAGUGUCCCGGCCCGCAAACUUGAAAGAGUUCCAAGGAUGUACCGUGGCAGCUGAUGCCUACUGUUGGCUUCACAAAGGAGCCUUCGCAUGUGCCGACAAACUUGCUCGUGGCGAAGAAACGGACAUGUAUGUCCAGUACUGUAUGAAGUAUGUCAAUAUGCUUCUUGCCCAUGACAUAAAACCUAUUUUAGUGUUUGAUGGAAGACAUUUGCCUGCAAAGGCCCACACCGAAAAGAAAAGAAGAGAGAGAAGAGAGGAAAACCGUAAGACAGCAGCAAAUCUUCUUCGGCAGGGUAACACCACAGAAGGCCUGAACUACUUGAGGCGAUGCAUAGAUGUGACACAUAAAAUGGCGUUAACUCUCAUGCAAGAGUGUCGAAGACGAAAUGUUGACUGCAUUGUGGCUCCGUAUGAAGCAGAUGCUCAGUUAGCUUUCUUUAGCCGUGAAGGUAUUGCAGAUGUCAUCAUCACUGAAGACUCUGAUCUUCUUUUGUUCGGUUGCAAAAAGGUCAUGUUUAAGUUGGACCUGGCGGGUAAUGGCAUUUUUGUGGAUCAAGAGCGAUUGUAUCUCUCCAUGGGACCAAGGCCACAGACGUAUUCAUUUGAUAAAUUUCGCUAUAUGUGUAUACUGUCUGGUUGUGACUACUUAGACUCCCUUCAAGGCAUAGGCCUCGGCAAGGCUUCCAAAUUUAUUACACGUACACAAGAUCCUGACAUUCACAAGGCAUUAAGUAGACUACCAUCCCAGCUAAAUAUACGUGGUUUGACGGUAUCUAUGGAAUACAGAGAUGAGUUUAUGAAAGCUGAUGCUAUGUUCCGGCAUCAGUUAGUCUUUGAUCCCCUCACAAGGAAACCAAAGCCUCUUACACCACACCGAAGUGUCCAUCCAGGUUCUCCUUUAGCCUGUGGCCCCUUGCCUGGGUGUGUUCCAGAAUUUGAUGAAGACACCAGUUACCAGCUCGCUCUUGGGAAUCUAGAUCCAUUCAAGUUAGAAAAGGUUGAUAGUUAUGACCCAAUGUCUCCGAGGGAUCCAAGCCAGGGAGUCAGAACAAAAGGAUGGAAUCAAACUGCAGUAGCUCCCCAUCCAAGUAUAUGGGAUCCCAAGUUCAAAGAAAAGAUGACAAAACCACCACCAAGAGUAGUUCCAUCAUUUAUGCCUAAUGAAAGAAAAUUUGUUAAUAAGGAAAAAAUUGAAGCUGUGGAUACCAACAAACUGGCAAACAAAAACAAGAAACGAAUUUUAGAAGAAGAUGACAUGUCUGUGGAUGCAAAGAGGCGUUCUCUGGAUGUCAGGGAUUCUAUCCUCACGUCCAUAUACACAAGCCCUGAUCAUUCCAACGAUCAAAGCUCAGCCAGUGUGUGUGAAUCUUACAGUCCAGAAGUUCAAGAAUCUCCAACUUCUCCCAUUCUUUGUAGUAAAAGAAGAACCAAAAAUCCAUUUGUCCGGAGUCCCCAGAGCACUAAUGUUUCUGACAAUAGACAAAUGAUACAUCCGGACACUCCAGUACCAAGUAGUACCAAGCAGACUAGCAAAUUUAGUGCUCUUAGUAAAUUUGCUCGUGCUGUCCAUAGAACAUCCAUUGAAGGAAAACCAAUUGUUCAAAGCAGGUAUUUUGGUUCAACAAGUACAGGUUCUGAUGAGUCUGCUGAAAGUCACUCUCUCCUACGAGAUGUUUCUAAUACACUUGAUGAUAGUCCUGAAAAAGAGUUCAACGUAAUGGAGAUUUACAAGAAAACUCCUGAAGAAAGGAUAGACUCCCCAAGGAUACAUAGAAAGCCCUUAUUUGCAUCAAUGUCGAGUUCAAUCAAAGAUUCUCCAGCAAAUUCUGAUAAGACUUCAUCUAAAUCGGGUUCAUUUUCAAAAGAUGAUGCUGUGAAAAUCAUGAACGAAAAGUUUGCAAAACAGGAUUGUGCUCCUAAAUUACAAGCAUCACCUUCCAAGAACCCGUUUAAAAAAAAUGUGCCAUCUCCAUCCAAGAUAGUAGCUGAUGAAAAUUGUGCCUCUGGGAGUUUUGUAGAUGAGGAGCAGCCAUUUGAACACAGGCAAAUUUAUGCUAAUGAUUAUGAAGAUGCAGAUGACCCUGGUUUUGAGUCUAGCACAAGCCUCACUCCAUGCAGCCCCACCAAUGUACCAUCGCAACCUGAUGAUGGAUUUGAAAGUCCUAGUAAGGGACACAAUGAAGCAAAGACUGCCCGUCUAAGUAAACAACCCACCCCUAGCAAUCGCAAGCUAACUUGCCGUACGCCUGGUCUGAAAAAGAAAUCCCCAACUGUUCAAGGACAAAGCAAACUAAGUGCCUUUGGGUUCAUGCCCAAAUCCAAACUUCAGAGGUCAUGAACAUCAGGUUGGGGGCUUCUGUACAUUUUUUUUUUUUUGGUAAAAGUGUUGUUUUUUUUUAAACUAUUUUAUUAUUAAAGAAUAAUGUAUGUUUCUCUAUUUGAUUGUUCUUUGUUGACUGGUUUUCAUAAACCUUUGUAUGGUUCAUUUCACAUGCUUGCUGCCUCUUUUGACUGACUAGGGUAAUUUUCACUGAGGUCAUUACCUGAACUGAAAGUUGUCCAUGUGUUUUAUUUUAAAUCUUGUGAUGAGACUAGGAUUU